CUGCGAGUAGCUGCAGAUCCAGGGCUGUGACGCAGACGCAGCCACCUGGAACCGCCGACCACACCCGCUUCGAUGCAACGUGUCACGUACGUAGCCGGGGCCGCGGAGCUCCUGGAAGCGCCGAGGAAGCCGUACUCAACAACGGGGAGGGGCGCCAAGAGGCGACGGCCGCGGAGCAGAAGAACCCGGAUGAUAACAGCAACACUGGCACGUUCGCCGCCUUCGGUUGCGCGGUGACGUCACGUAUAGCGUGUCGCGGAACGUCCAGCCAAUGGGCGGAGGAAGCGGAGAAUUUCGAACUAGGAAGAUUCCGGAAGCGAGGAAGGAGCCAACGGUCUAAGCGCUGGAGUCCGUUAAGGUAGAAGAUGGGUAGAGAAAAAUGCUUGAAAAGGUCCUUUAAGGACAGUCUGGAUGAUAUAAAAGAACGAAUGAAAGAGAAAAGAAAUCAAAAAUGGGCAAAGUUGGGUAAAACAAACCAGGUCUUCCCUAUAAAAUGCAAAAUAGCAACCAACAGUUCGGUGCAACUGAAAAGCUUGCAAGCAAACAACCGAGCCCUAGCUCUAGCUUUGCAAGAGGAAAAAGCCAAAAUGAAAGAAGCCCAAGAUAUCAUUCUGCAUUUAAAGAAAGAGUAUCAGUCUCUGAAGUUUCAGAUAUUUGUUUUACAAAGAAAACUUAGCUCACAGCAAGUGAGAGAACCUGUUGAGACCAGAUUGUCGAUCUUGAGCAAGAUUGUUUCUAAAGUUGCUCAAAACCUACUCGAUACAGCGGAUCUUCUUGGUCCAGCUCAGGAUUUGUGUUCCACUGAUCUUAACAAGAGGAUGUGUCUCUCAAUUCUUGAAGAUGACGACUCCAGUAUUUUAAGACAAGCUGGUUCUCUGAGACUUCCUACACAUGUUCUUGUUGCAGAUGCUAGCCUAGAAGACGAAAUGCUUGGAAAUGAAAUAGAAAAUAAUACUGAUACAAACAAUGCAUCUUAUUCUAUGUCAGAUUCCUGGCAGACCUUUAAAAAUACCACUUCAGUUAAGAAAGGGGCAACAAAUACAGGACAAAGAUCUGAUUUUCAUCUGGACAACCUAGAGGCCAACCUGGAAAAUAUUCUUUUAGAUGAAGAGGAUAGGCAAGUUGGUAAUAUCUUACCAAAAACUGUAUCUACUAGGCGUCGCUGUUCAAACAGGAAAAUUCAUGUGCAUAAUCUAGACCAUUCAGAAAGGGCUUAUUUGACCAGAGAAUUUUGUAAACAGGAUGAAACUAGACUUGAGGGAAAUCUAGAGAAAGGUAAUAUAGAAAAUAUAGAACCAAAUCUUUCUCAAUUGAAUGAAAACAAGAUAAACAUGAAGCCAAUGUUGGAUCAGGCAGAUACAUUGACUGAAUUAAACUGCUCAGUUGCAGAACCUGAACUUAAACAAAUUCAGCCUAAAAGCAGAGAAGAUUCUCAAACAAGAAGAGAGAAAGGACAAAAAGGAAAAUUGGAAGGAAGUAAAAAGACUUCUAGAACAAGAUCAAAAAGAGAGAGAAGCCAGGAGGAACAAACUUCCAAAGUGAAACUGGAUUUAUCAGUUGGCUCCAAUAAGGCUUAUGAUUUUCAAUUUGAGGAGAAUGUCCAUAUCACACCUUUCCGACAAAACAAGAUGAAUGAUUGUGACCGUGACGUGGAUGAAAGAAAGGAUACAUCUGAAUCCGAAACACACAGCAGUGAAGGAAGUGAUUCAGAAGAGAAUUCUGAUGACAGCCUGUAUGUGCCUUACAGGAGUAAAUCAAAAUACAGGAAGAGUUCACAGUGCAAAAGUGAUGGAAGUCUAGUCCAUACAAGACCACGCUCUAAAAGAUCUGUAGUGUACCAGCAACAGAAAACCAGUAAUGAAAAAGAGACUAACAAUACUACAUCAAAUGAAAAAUCUAUCGCAGGGAAACCUGAGGCUUCUCAAACAUCUCGUCUUCAUCUCUGUGAUGUCACCAACAUCUCUUCAUUGUCUGGUACAAAAAGUAGAAUCUCUCAUCCAUUUUUAAGUAUUGAUGAAAAACCAGGAAUUCCCAGCCACAAACGCAGAUGUACUAUUAAUGUGAAUUACAAGGAACCAAGUAUCAGCAGGAAGCUCAGAAGAGGAGAUCCGUUUACGGAUAUGUGUUUUCUGAACUCUCCAAUUUUCAAGCAGAAAAAAGAUCCUAAACACAGUUCUGUUAAAAAGGAAUCUCUGUCCAAAUACAAUGAGGCAUUUGUUGGAUGUCGUUGAGAAGCUUUUUUGCACCCCCUUGUGGAGUGCUGAGGCAAAGAACAUUUGGUUAACAAAUUUGCUAUGUAAUUUGACACUUAAAUCAAAAUGUCACAUUAUAGUUAUGCCAUAAGAAUGUCUUGUUCAGGCUCUGUCCUGUGUACCGGGGAAAUCUAACUGUAUAUUUGGGUAGGCAGUGAUAACUAUAGACUAUUUUAAAUUUAGAUUCCAUGGGAAUUUCAGUAGGGCUCAGAUGAAUACUUUAAGAUCAUGAAUUUAAUAGAGUAAGGAGUAACUGUUACUGUGCUUGUUUGUUAUAAAAGCAGUCUUGCUACCCAGCGUUUCUAUUUAAACUCUUUGAUUCCUGAACUCCACUGUGAAGUCCAUUAUCUGAAGGCAUCUUGAGAAUCUCUGGUGUAAAAAGAUAAGCACUGUGUGAAUUAUUUGACUGAUUACUAGAUUUGUCAAUCCCUGCUUAUUGUAACCUCUCACUUGAUAUAGCUGAAUUAUAGUAAAUCUUGGGAUUAGAUUACAAUUUUAAGUGAGCAAGUUUGUACAGCUGUCUUGUUACUUACACAAACCUGUAGUCUACUAAUGUUGAAAUGUAUAAUAAAACUUUUAGAUUUUAUAAAGUCUUGUAGAGAACUUACAUUCUAACUGCAAUGGUUUCAGUCUAAGGGCAGGUCUACACUAUGGAGAAAAGUCUAAUUAAGCUACACAAUCUGAGUUAUGUUAGCAGUGUAACUCAGGUCAUCAUAGCUUAAAUCUAUUUACUGCAUGGUCGAUGAGAGAAACUUAUUCCGGAGGAGUACUAGAGUCAAUGGAAGAGUGAUUAGUGGUCAGUUUAGCAGGUCUUCACUAGACCCACUAAAUCAACCUCUGGUGGAUCGAACACCACAGCAUCGAUCCCACUGGUAGUGGAGACAAACCCUAAGUAAGGUUAUGUUCAUACUACAGUUUAUGUCAGCAUAAUUUAUGUUGCUCAGGGGGGUGAAUAAAUACCUCCUGGAACAACAUAACUUACACUGACAUAGUGCUAUUUACGUCAGUGGGAGAGCUUCUCCCGCUGAUGCAGCUUCUGCUGCUCGUGGGGGCUGGAGAAGUUAAGCUGAUGGAACAGCUUUCUCCCGCUGGCUUACAGCAGCUAUAUUAGAGAGCUUACAGAGGCACAGCUGCAUCAGGACAGCUGGCACUGCUGUAAAUUCUCUACUGUUGCUGUGCCCUGGCUUAGAGGUGGUAAAAAAAAUGUUAUAGUUUCUUGCCCUGACUCCAGCUGUUGGAAUUUUAAGUUCCAUAUGAAAGAAGUAGAGUUAGUAUGUAGCUAAACUGUGCAAGUCAAACCAAAAAUACCAGAUAAGCUAUAUGAGUAACAAUGUAUCCUGAAGCAGUCUUCAGAUGCAAUUUUUUUCCAAUAUUAAGCUCUCUUUACAUAGUCUAAACAACAGUAAGACAAUAGAUAUGAAAGUUGAUAGGUAACACAUGAUUUUUAACCAAGCUGUAACACAGCUCAGCACAACUUACACAGAUGAGAGUAAACUGUAGUAGUCCACUUUGGCAGCUGCCAUUGGUGGGAGCUAAAAGGAGGUUCCUUGCUUAGGAGGAAUUUUUUUAUUUUUUUAAAAUCGAGCUAUAGACUGUGCAAAGCUUUUCUCAUUAUGCGACUCCUGGGUUACCUAUUGUUGGUUUUUUUUUUCUCCUGCAAAAGUUGUUUUCCUUUUAACAGGGUUUUACAGAAAAAUCUAGCCAACAGAAACGUACUUUCCUACCUGCUCAUUUCACUUUACUAAAAAUUUGCAGCUGCCACUUUCUCCCCAUACAGCUAUAGUUGGAAAGCUGCCACUAGCCAGGCAGAGGGAUGGUCUUCCUCAUCAUGGAAUUCUGAUACCAUAGGGGUGGGGUAUUCACUUUUUAAAAGUUUGCCAAAUCCACCAAGGAGGAUGGGGCUAGCAGAACUUGAGAUGUCUCACAUUAAGUGGGCAAAGUAUACACCAAGUAUUAAUUUUUAAUGUGGGACUAUGUGUAUGUGAAAGCAAUAGCUACUGAAUUAAAACAUCUAUUCUAAGAUAUCUUUUGAAUAUAGGACCAGCUCUUGUAAAUUUCCAUUACUGGAGUAAGAAGCCCAGUUCUGGCCACACCCAGGAUUGCCACUGUUUCUCUAUAGGAUCGUAGGGAGUUAAACAGAAUAUGCUCAUAGCCCCUACAGACGGAUUUUUUUAUUUGUAAAAGGGAUGCCUUUAGCUGGAGAAGAUACAGUAAAUGUAGACUUAGUAACUAAAUAGCCAGCUUUUGGAGAGGCUUCUGGGUUCAACAGACGUUACAAUUUGUAAUCUAGCAUCUUAGUGAGAAGUGGACCAAAUAAUGAAAAACUGUCACCAAGUAUCUCCAACAAUUCUUGGCAUAGCCACAGGACUUCCCAUUUCUUAGAGGAAUAGUUCUGAUUGUCCACAGACAAGUCAGUCAGGGAAACAGUGAGCCAGGGAUGCUUCCUCAAGCUGCCAUCUUCAUCCCAUCUUUUUCAUCAAGUCAUCCGGUUCCAAUAACCCCAUAAAACAAUCUGAUACAAACAAAAAUCUCUCAUCUGCUGGAUAGGAGAGUGAUGAUAUUCUGUCAGAAGAAAGGUUUUUAGGGCUUUCCUCCAUCUUCAUUGUACAGAAGUGCAUGGGGGUUGGGGAAAUCAGAGCCUUUUUUGACCCCCAAAGUCUCAAUAAAUGGAUAAAGAAUAUGAAACAUAGCUGGAGCUCCUGACCUUUACCAUGCCAUCCCCUGUACUAGAACUUCUCGGCCUCAGUGGAUGCAUAUUCUCAGCUGACAGUACCACCUCAAGCUUAUGAGAAUCACCUGCAGCAGGAAAUUUUAUCUCUACUGAACACUCCCAUUUAGCCGGUCCUUGGCCCCUAGGAUUUUUACAGAGGUGAUGGUGGUAGUAAUAGCAAGACUCAGGUUCCACGGAAUUACCGGUAACCUGAACCCCUUCCUAGAUGACAUCUUGAUCGGAGCUCAAUCACAGUCAAUGGCGCACAGGGCCAGAUAUCAGAUGUUGAAUCUCCUCCAGGUUCAGCUUCAUCAUGAGUGCAAAGAAAAGUUCUCUGGUUCCAUCCAGUGAUUUAUUUUCUUUCUCCAGAACUGUAGGAACCAUACCAUAGUCCUAUGUCUACAACUGCUAGGACUCCUGGUGUCAUGCACUGGGAUCAUCCAUGAGCAUAAUCACACAUCAGUAGUCUUCACACCAAAGGUGUGGGACCACUCCCCAGAACACAUGAAAGAUCAAAUACGGGUUCCAACACAGAUGUUCAACUCUUUACAAUGGCAGUCAGCCUACGACAAUGUCACAAAGACAUAUCCAUCUGCUGUCAAGAUUCUAUAGUCCAAUUUCUCGCAAAGAACAUCAGCCUGGAGGGCAGCACAGAACCAAACAGCUUAGGGCCUCAGGAACAAGGAAGAAAGCGUUCACAGCAUAAACUUCCCAGAGCUGAGAGAGUUCAAAGUAGGCCUGCAAAGGUUCCAGCCCACCUUAAGGGGGAACCACAUGCUGGUUCCAGCAGACAAGAUGACUGCAGUCACAUUUACAGAGUCAAGGGGAACAAGAAGUCCCACAUCAUAUGCAGAAACAAUGGCAAUAAUGAGGUGGGCAGAACAGUUCCUCUUUUCCCCACUGAGCAAUCCAUAUUAUACCAGAACUAAACCAAAAGCAGACUGGCUCAGCAGACACAGGGUCUGCAACUCAGAGUGGUGCCUGAAGGAGGAGGUUUUCAAGCUCAUUGUUCAGACAUUCAGUCUCCCUUCAACUGAUCUAACUGGGAAUCGCCUGAACACUAAAAAGCCAAAAUACUUCACCAGGGCAGCUGUCAAGGUUCCUUCCCCACUCUGAA